AUGCAUAAAAUCAGGGGCCUCCCUGCUGAGGUCAGGGAACCAGGCCCUGGAGUGGAACUUGGGGUGGAAGAUGGCCUUCUUUGUCAACUGAUUCAUUCUCCAGAAUUCAACUUGUUCUCACACUCUGCGGUGUUUGAAAGCAACUUUAUCCAGGUCACUAAGUCCGGGCACUGGAUGAAUGUCUCUGAAGGUUCAACCACCACCGUGAUCCUUGGGGUAACGUCCUCAGUGCCCUCCUUGCCACUCCCCAACAUCCUCCUGAUGGCCAAUGUCACCUGGCCCCAUGAUCAGUUUUCCACCUGCAACACACCUGGCUGUGCUCCUGUCAUCACCCUCAGCAGAAUUCUCCCCCUGAAGUUUGUGGAGCUACAAAUCUGUGACCGGCUCCAACGCAUCCUGCGGAUUAGGACAGUGACUGAAAAGAUCUACUACAUGAAGCUCCACGAGAAACACCCGGAGACUGUGUUUCAGUUCUGGAUCCGCUUGGUGAAGAUUCUGCAGAAAGGUCUGUCCACCACCACCAAAGACCCAAGAAUCCAGUUCACUCACUGCCUGGUGCCCAAGAUGCCCUGCAGCUCCACUGAAACAACACCUGAAAGCAGCCUCCUGCCAUCCUCCCAGGCCAGCGAAAACUCCUUGCUGUGGAAAGCCGAGCAGACUAGCGACAUUUUCUCACAUUUCCCAGGAAGAGACCAUCUCACAGAAGACAGAACACAGGCCGCUCCAAUCAAGGAUUCUGAGAGCCACAGCAGGACAUCUUUGCCGGCGGCAUCGUCAGCCGGUUUGCAUGUUCCUAUGAGAGCCGUGAUGGGCCACAGCCUCUGGGAACAAGAGAAUCCAGAGUUCUUACCACGGGCUCCUGUAGCCAGUUCUCUAGGAGAGAACCUACUGGGACCCUGA